GCAUUAGAACAACCAUGACUGCAUUAGCUGGAGAUCCUGGAGAUCAGGCUAUAAAGCCUGGACAGGACAGAAACAACUUUUACUGGCUGACAGAGGAAGAACCACAUCGUUCACGAUGCAGGGCAAUUAUGAAGGCACAUCCUGAUGUUAAGAAACUAUUUGGACCGGAUCCUAGAACAGCAUUAGUUGUGUUAUCUGUCGUAGCGAUACAACUAGUCACUGCAACAUCCAUCAUCAACUUUGGAUGGCAUCCUCUCAGUUGGAAAUUUCUAUUAACAGCCUAUGUUAUCGGUGGUACAGCUAAUCAGAAUCUGUUCCUUGCGAUACACGAAAUAACGCACAACUUGGUAUUCAAAAGCCGCACUGCUAAUAAAGCACUUGCUAUGGCUGCAAACUUACCAGUUGGAAUACCUUUCGCAGGUACUUUCAAAGUAUACCACCACGAACAUCAUCGUUAUCUCGGAGAAGACGGAGUAGAUACAGACCUCCCAACCAAUUUUGAGCUAUUGUUCCUAAGGAAUGUAUUAGGAAAGCUUUUCUUUGCCACCUUUCAGAUCCUUUUCUACGCGAUAAGACCAGGAUUGGUGAAUCCAAAACCACCAACGCCUUUCGUUCUUCUCAACGCUGCUGUGCAGGUUGCCUUCAACGCAAUCAUGUAUAAAGCAUACGGUGGUGGUAUAUUUGCGUACUCAGUUAUGAGCACGUUCUUCGCAGGAUCUCUUCACCCCUGUGCAGCGCAUUUUAUUGCAGAGCAUUACAUGUUCGACGGUAGCGGUCAAGAGACGUACUCAUAUUAUGGUUUUCUCAAUUGGUUAUGCUAUAAUGUCGGAUAUCACAACGAACAUCACGAUUUCCCGGCAGUCGCUUGGCUAAAUUUACCUAAAGUUAGAGAUUUAGCUCCAGAGUUCUACAAUCAUCUUCAAUACCAUCAGAGUUGGCCACUUGUGACUUUCAGAUUUAUUUUCGAGAGAGAGGUCGGGUUGUUUUCAAGAGCUAAACGUGAUUCACAUACAACCAAACCAAAUGUAAGCGCCGCUAGAGAGAGCGCGAUCUUACCAGGCGAAGGACGCAGCUUGGAGGGUGCGGAUUAGACAAUUGCUUCUCUUAGUCAAUUCUUUUGCAUAAAAUACAUUGUAAUAUAUCUAGACUUGUCUAUCGUUAUUUGGUUCAUCGUAAAACUGUUGUGCAAAUUCUCUUGCAUCUUCUGGUAUAUCGUCCUCUUCGUUAUCUCCCUUGUGUAUGCUCUCGUAGAGCGUCUUAAAAUGCGUCCGUAUCAGUCCAUUCAGUUUAGUACGAGUGUCUUCUAUAUUACUCAAAUUGAAUUGGUUAAUGAGGUAAUACCCACUGACACCAGCGAGAGUUCCAACUAUAGCGGUAGCAAUACCAAGUGACUUUGCAGCAUCUCCAUAUGUGAAAUGCCCACCAGUAUCUUCUUUCAACACACCCCCGCUGUUAUCAAGCGUUGGAUGACUCCUAAGCGAACUAGGCAUAGGCGCUGGCUUUUUCUCGAUAUGAUAAUUACUUCUAAAAUCUAUAAGUGCCUGCCUUGCUUUGUUCCGUGCUCUCAUCGACCUGUAUAUCGUUGCACCCAUACUUGCUGAAACGCAUACAAAAGCCAACACCGAUACUCCAGCUAUAGAAGCUUUUGAUAACCCUUUAGAUUGUGUAGCUGUGUCAUCCUUUUUCUUUGCGUCAG